AAAUUAUUACAAAAAUUAUAUUCAGAAUAGAAUUUUUAAAUAUAGAAAAGAAGUGAAAUCAAAAAAAAAAGCUUAAUGAAUUCGAGUAAAAAAAUCAGUAUAAAAUUUUAAGAUAAGCUAAUUAAAUUGGAAGAAAGCGUGAAGACGUUUGAAGAUCUGAAAAAAGUCAUCAAACUAAAGUUUGAUUCUCUUCCAGAUAAGAUUAGAAUUUAUUAUGUGGAUUCUGAUAAUGAUGAAAUUACUAUAAGUUGUGAUGAAGACUUGCAAUCAUUUUAAUCUGAAGAAAAGGAUAUUGUGAUUAAUAUUAAACCCUACUCAGAUUCAGAUGCCACAGAUAAUGAAGAUUUUGACGAUGAAGAAGCUGAAGAGGAAGAAGAAGAUGAAGAAAGCUCAUGUUGUGAUUCGGAUUCUGGAGAAGAAAGGGCUAAAGUUGCUUAAUAAAAAAGUUUAAACUAAAAUGAUAAUAAAAUUGAAAUUAGCAAAUCAUUAGAUAAAGCAUAAGAGAAUAUGGUGUAAGAUGGUGGAAACUCUUAAAAAAGAGAAUAAAUCUAAAAUGAUUAAGAUGUGAAAGAUGAUGAAGCAAUUAACAAUUCUUCAUUUAAUGAUGAAUUCAGUGAUGACGAUGAAGUUGAAGAAGCCGAAGAACAAAAAAACUAAGACAAAUCCUAAAAUGGUGUUGACUAGGGUUCUUCAAGAAGUUAGACAAGAUUAGAAAACGAUUAAUCUGUUUAAUGUAACUUUGAUUCAAAGAAUAUUGAAACUUAAGAUUAAUAAAAUUAAGCUGGAGUCACUUUAAAAGAUUAAGAAUAGUAGAUUUAUACUGUGCAUUGCGAUAAAUCUUAUUAGGCACAGAUUAAUUAAAGUGAUGCCUAAGAUUAAACUCUUUCUGCGGUUUGUGUAGAUAAUUCAACAUAAAUUCAAGUAGAGUCUAAAGAUACAUAGUCUCAAGCAAAUGUGGAAUUAAUAGAUAACUCCUUUUAAACUGUCAGAGUUGAUUUAUAAGACAAAAAAACUCAAGCAAAGAUAGAUUAAUGUGAUAAUUAAAUUCAAGCUGACUUGAUUAAUAUGGAAGAUUUCUAACAAUAAGCUUGCUCUAAUCAAAACAAAAGCUUAUCUAGCUAGCCAGAAAUUCAAGUUGAAUCCCUUAAACAAGAGCAACACAACUAAAAAUCUGAAAUUUAAUCUUUUAUGCCUUACCUUGAAAGAAUCAAAUAGUUAGAAGAAAACUAAGCAUAAUUACUGAAGGUUUUGGAGAAAUAAUCAUAGUAGUUUGAAUCUUAGAUCUAAAAUUUACAAUAAAAUUUGAUAAAUGAAAAUGUUGAAGAGAAAAUCAAGUAAUUUGUAGAUAAUAGAGUCAAUGAAUUACUACCAGAAUACUCAAGAGCUAACUGGGAAAACUUCCGUCGUUAAGAAAAGAUAUCUCGCUUCGACAGAAUAUUCCAAGAAUUAAUACCUAAAUUUAAUAACCUUGCAUUAAUCACUGAUUCCAACUUGUUAAACACUUCAUAUGAUGAAUUAACAACCACCCUAAUUCAAAAAUUAGAAAUUGCUAGAGACAUGUAACUGAAAGAAUUAAUUUAAAGCUAAGUAAACCAAAAAAAUCAUAGUUCUAAUAUCAGCGAUGAAAUGAUUGCUAAGUCGUAAAUUAAGUAACAAUAAAUAAAUAUUGAAGAAGACAUUGAAGAAGAGAGCAAAGAAAUAUCUAAUCCCAGCAAUCAAAAGAAAUAAUAAGAUGAAAAAGUCGAUUCUAGUAAAUUGGUAAUGGUGAAGAAGGAUUCUAGGUACGAAGAUGAUUGUGUAGUUGAAGAGCGCUUGAAAUAAUAAUAAGAGAAAAUCCGUAAAGAAAAAUAGCUAGAAGAAGAAAAUAUUAAAAAGAUUCUGAAGGAGAAAGAAAAUUAAGCCUUGCAGCUUAAUUAAGAAAUAAUACAAAAUCUUCAUAAAGACUAUCCUGAAGAAAUAGUAAAUAAAGCUAAACAAAUAGCUUCAUUAACUUAAGAAAACCCAAAUAUCUAUCUCCAAUACGUAUUAGAUUAUAAAAAUUUAACUGUAAAUGAUUUAAUAGAUUAGAUUUAUACUACUAACGUGAUGGAGAGAUACUAAGAAAAAUGA